UGUCACUUGAUCAUACUGAACUGGUAAUUCAUAGUACUAUAGAAAAUUCCUUUCGAUUCAUUGUUCAACAAACGUUUCGUUAAAAAAAAAUAUGACAGAAAAACGUAAUGAAAUCAAAAAUAAAAUAUCUGAAUUAUUAAUUAAAACAGGAGAACGUGAAAGAUUACGUGAAUUUGUUGAAAAUAAAUUAAUUGAAACUGGUUGGAAUGAAAAAGUUAAACAAGCCUGCAAAGAUUAUAUUCGAACAAAAGGUGUAGAUCAUAUAACAGUUGAAGAGGUUGUACAAGCGAUUACACCUUCUGCGCGUCAAACUAUACCAACAGAAGUAAAACAAGAUGUUCUAGAAUUAUUGACAAAAUUUCUUGUUCAACAUGAUAUCGAUGUUUAAAACAGAAAAAAAAAACAUAAAAGAAGAAGGAUUAUAAUAUAUGGAAACGCUUUUGGAAACAAAUUCUUUCUCAUGUAGACUAUACUAACUCAUUCAGUAUUUUAAAUUUGUUAUUCACUACUAAUUUACACGUAUUACAUCAUAUUUAAUUUGCAAAGAAGUUUAUUCUGCAA